GUUCAAUCAGUAGCAGACUCGGACUAAAACACAUCUCAGCUUGGACAUCUUCUGCACCGCAUCACCAACCAUGGCUGCACACGACACCGCCUCUCUGCUGGCAGGACUGCUGGUCCUCCUUCACACCUGGGGAGCCUGGGCUGCUGUUGAGGUAACCAUGGAGGAGAAAGUGGAGGUGUUCCUGGGAGAAACGGCUCAGAUCACCUGCAAGUACACAUCGGACGACGGCAUCGGUGGCACAGUCCUGGAGUGGUUUUAUGUGCCAGGUUCUGGAGAAAGGCAGCUGAUCUGGUACCACGACAGCAUGGUGACAGCUGCAAGCAAAAACACUCCGUACACAAACCGGAUCAACAUGAAUCACACCACCGGAGAAGCGGUUCUGACCAUCACAAAGGUGCAGCUGAAAGACGAUGUGGAGUUCAUCUGUUUGGUUAAAGCUGUCAUAGACCAGGAAGAUGGGUCCGCAGAUGGAAGAACAAAGCUGAGGGUGUUUGCAAAACCUGGCCUUCCCACCAUAGAGGGUGUUCAAAAUGCUAUCUCUGUCAACGAAGACAACCCAUCAAAGAUUGGCACUUGUGAGGUGAGAAACGGAUACCCCAAACCGAACAUCACUUGGUACAAGAACAACGUGCCGCUGCGCAGAAUUCCAAAUGUUGUGGAUGUGGUGUCUUUCCCUACCUUUGAGUCGAGCGGUUUGAUCUCUGUGAAGAGUGAGCUGAGUCUGAAGGUGCAGGCGGAGGACAAAGAUGCUACUUUCCAUUGCGAGGUCACCUACUUUGUUCCUGGUGCCACAAUCAUGACCGAAACAUCAACUAUUAACAUCACUGUCUUGAAUCCUUCCACCGUUGCAACCCUUUGGGUUGAAUCUCCAAAGGGUAAAAUCAAAGAGGGGGACACGGUUAAGCUUCGCUGCAAAGGCAACGGGAAUUCUCCUUCCGUCAUCACCAUCAAGCACACAAAAAGUGAAGAGACUUGGGACAAUGAUUUGGUGGUGCUGAAAAAUGUUACCCGUCUAAACAGCGGAAAAUAUGAGUGCACGUUAAUGGACAUAGAGACUUAUGAGGCGAUCUCAGGAAACACCACAGUGUUCGUCCACUAUCUUGAUCCUGCUGCUAUAAAACCUUCAGAAACCAUUGUGGUGGACAGCGGGAAGGAGGUAAAGGUGACUUGCAACGCCCUGUCUUCUCUCUCCACGGAGACCAUCUGGUUUAAGAAUGAACAAAAGAUUUCUAAAGGCCACACUUUAAUCCUGAAGAGUGCAACAUUUGACGCCGCAGGGACAUAUGUUUGUGUGGUGUCUGUUCCUGAGAUCGAUGGAAUGGAAACCAGAAGCUCGCUGCGUGUUCACGUCAGGGGACCACCGGAAAUAAAAGAUAAACCUUCAGACGAUAUAAAAACUUCUGAGAAGACUGUUGAACUGAGCUGCCAUGUCAGAGGCUACCCCACGCCCAGUAUCACCUGGACCAACUCUGAAGGAAAGGUCAUCAAAGCAGCCUCAGAAACUGAGACUGAGGACGGCACCAUGAGCGUGGUCAGUGUUCYGGUCGCUUCGGAGUUCUCUGUUUUCUGCAAUGCUUCAAACCAAUUUGGCUCAGAUAUGGCGACGUUCAACAUAAAAAUCACUAUACACACCACCACACCAACAACCACACCAAAAACUACAACUACAACCACAACUACAACCACAUCCACCAUUCCUAAAGCCUCAGACGCACCCAACACAUCAAAGAAAAUCGUGAAAGGSAGCAAUGGUGUUGUCAUUGCAGUCAUCAUCAUCUGCAUCCUGCUUCUGGCCAUCUUGGGCAGCGUGCUCUACUUCCUGUACAAAAAGGGCAAAAUCUGCAACCGAUCUGGGAAGCAAGACAUCACCAGGGAGAAGUCCAGCAAAGACAACAUCGUGGUGGAGAUGAAGAGCGACAACACGGAGGAGGCCAUUCUCCUUGGCGUUAACGGAGAAAAGCAACGCGGUGACCAGUAAAAGAGCGCCGMGUUCCAGCACGUGCAGAAGUAAGGAGGCAACCGCAGACGCACCGACAGCUGCUCCUGUCUCUCCCCUCUCAGGCCUCGCACCUGGCCUCCAAGCCUCCACCACAGCUCCCGGACCUCCAGUCUUAUGUCACGGAAAUCAUGUCCGCUGACAUGGCUUCGGAUGUUUUUUUUUUCUUCAAAGCUGAAGCUUUAGCUCGCUGUCCUUCACACCAUUUCAAGCUUUAAUAGUACAUAAUUAUUCCAGCUCCAUCACUUAACUCUGCUGAAAAAAAGCAAAAAACCAAAUGUUUUGCCUACAAACCAAAGACAAACUUUUGACUGUAACUCGCGAGCCUUAGAAACUGCUGACUGUCCACAGAGCAAUGUUUUGAGCACAAUGCUGACAGGGACUGUUUUUAUAUAUGAAUUAGCAUCACCUCAGGCAAAAGCAAUCACUGAAGAAGCUCAGUUGGUAUGUAUAUAUCAUAAUCUAUGUGUGUAUAUAUAUAUAUAAAUAUAUAUAUUUCUUUAUUUAAAAUAAUAGCAUAAAAAACAACCCCAAAAAAAUGACCAGAUGGUGUUUUAUUUUUGAGUUUUUGUGGAAAAAGGAGAGCUAGAACAAUGAACUUUAUUCGUUUGUAUUUUGUUCUGUUUCAGUCUGCACACUGAACGUUUAUUUUCAGACGCCUCACCUCUUCUCUUCAGUCACAAACCUGCAAGUCAUUUAAACAAAUAUUUUACACUUUUCCUUACUUUUGCUCCAACUCUUUAUUUACAGUUUAUCUAGUUUAAAGAAGGUUGAUGUUGAGAUUGAUKAACCAUUUGUGACAGUUUUAAUGUUUUUGUGACUUGAAGCAUUGGGUGAAAAGUCAAGCCAUAAUGUUGCAGAUGCCUUAGAAAUGACAUUCAAAGCUUUGCAGAAACUCCACAUUUUGUAUUGUUUAGUUUUAUUUGUAUUUAUUUUCUGUGCACUGAUGUUUUUUUUGGUAAUAAUUCAUUCAGUUGUGUUGUUUCGUGUAAAACAGAUGAUUUCUGUUAAUGUAUAUYAGUGUUCUUCUUUACUCUUAGUUUUUUCUAAAUCUGUUUUUUAAAAAGCAGGAUGAAGGCAGACCAUAAUCACAGCAUGAAGUUGUCCUUGUUGCGAGGUGAAGACACGUUUCUGUUAAAUGAAGUCACGUCAUCGACUGAAACGUGAGAUACAGAAWCCCCCUCGGACCCCAUGCCUUAAACUGCAUUUAAAUGUUGAACUUUCCACAGUAUUUGACUACUGAGGAGGGGGAAAUGACUGUGACUCAACGUUACUGAGGUCUGGAGACAAUCACGCCAUUAAAUGCUUCCUUUCUUUCUGUUUUUAACAAAUGUUAACUGUUUUAGAAUGUGUGAAAAUGCCUUUUGAAGCCUUGGAGAUAUAAAGUAUACUGCAAUUACCAACAAA